CAAUUUUUUUAUAGUAGUUUUGAUACUAGUUUGAUGGAUGGACAACACGAUCCGGCUUUCCUACAAAUUUUAAGUGGGGAGAAGAACAUUGCUAAUUUUUUAGAUGCAUUUUUUGGUUUUUUAUUCAGAUGUACUGAUUUUUACGUCGAAUCCAAUGUAGAAAAUCAAAUUGGUUUCCUACCCGGAAUGGUUGAAAAUUUAGUAGAUGAAUAUUUUAAAAAAUGGAGAAACAAGUCUUAUGAAGUACUAUCAGGAGAAAUUUGUUCAAACUUUGAGCAAAUUGUGAUCCCUUCAAAAAUCGAUGAUAAAAAGCCUAAUUCGCAACAAGUACAAAACAAUAAACUUAAUAAAAUUUCGGUAUUUGCAGAACAAUCAUCAGAUAGUUACAAUGGGGCUGUUCGCGAACAUUAUACUUGGUCUCAAACCAUUUGUGAUUUAAGUGUUAUUGUAAAAAUUCCAGUAAACGUGAAAUUAAUCGACCAACUCAGAAUUAGUCUAUCACCUCAAAUUAUUACAAUUGACAUUAAGAAUGGUGAAUUUAAAACAUGGAACACUCUUAUACGUGGACAAUUCUACUUUAAAAUUCGUAAAGAUGAAUCAUAUUGGAGCUUUGUUCCUGGAAAACACGUAAUAAUUCAUCUAGAAAAAACUGUGGAACGUUGGUGGGAAGCUUUACUCGUAGGAGAACCAAAAAUUGACUUGGCGAAAAUUGAUUGUUCACGAAAUUUAGAUGAAUUGGGAGACGCUGAACAAAUGAAAUUAGAGGAACUGAUAUGGAAUCAUCAACGAAAAUUGAUCAAAAAACCAACCGCAGAAGAAAUAAAAAAAGAAAAUAUUUUCAAGAAGACUUGGGAUUAAGAAGAUCAAUUAUUUUUUUUUAAAUUAAACUAAAGAUAGGAAACAUUACUUUUUUGUAAAGUAUGAAAUUAUUUAAAAAUAAAUAACUAAAAUAAUAAGUUUUUCAAAUUGACUGAAUGGCAUAAUAUUUAAGAUGGUAUGUCAAAAGAAGCAACAGGUACAAUAGUUCUCAUUCAGAGGAACCUAAAACAUGUGAUUUUCUUUUUUUAAUUUUCAUAAUUAUUCAUCUUUUUGUUAAGUGCAUAUUAUUUAAAUGAAUUAAGUUACAAAUUAUUUUUUAUCGCUAUAUUAAAAUAUUUAUUAAUAUUUAAUUGUUUUAUAUUAUAGUACUGAAACCUUUGAAAAAAGUGUACUUGUCUAUGUAUAUUUUAAGUUAUUUAAAAAAUAAAAUAUUAUGUGCUUAUUUU